UACUAGAUCAGCACUCUCGCAAGUUCGAAUGGUCACUGAAUGAGUGGUCAUUAAACGAGGUCCACUUGCAUUACAGACAGUCCUCUACUUAUGAACUUUCGAGUUAUGAACUUUCUCUGAUAUGAACAAACCUCCAAUAACUCCAACAAUGAAGGUCCUCAAAGAAAGGUCCUGGAAGUUUAUGGUGUGCAUGUGUACAUACAUCUGGAUGUGUACGGUUCACCAUAUACGUACACCUGGAAAUUUACAGCAGGCAUGCAUAUGUAUGCGGUGCCCUGUAAACCUCCGGGUGUAUGUAUGUGGUGUGCCAUGGUUGGACUUACAAACAAAAUGGACUUAACAGCCUCUUGGAAUGUAACCUGUUCAUAAGUAGAGGACUGUCUGUAUAUAAAUGAAACUCUUACAAGAAAAGCAGCUUAUUAAUAAAAAUGUGUUUCAUUGAGCCUUCAACGAAGAAGCUUGUGGAAUUCAUCUUUGGUCUCUUGCAUUUUUUGGGGGGGGGGGAUGCUUGGCAGCCUGAAAAUGUUUCCUUCAUGGGUUCAGUUUUGAGCCUGAUGAAACAGCUGGUUCUUAUUAGCUUCAAUGUGAGAAUCUUCGUGUUGAAAGGUUUUGAUGGUCCUUCCCUUGGCAGUAACAAUAUUAUGUUUUUGUAUGUAUGCAUACAUGUUCCAGAUAAGUGCAAUUCAUAACAUCUUACUUGCCAUUAGUUAUGAAAGGAAGAUAUGCCCACACACUUAACUCUUUGUGGAAAGAUUUGCAAAAUGUAUCUUGACUUUAAAUCAAUGCAGCCAAUGCUGGUUCUGAUGAACAAAGAGUCUGAUUUGGACAAAGGAAGUUGCAGAUGCAACAGGAUCACUGGCAUCUUGUGUUUGUAAGUGCCAAGUUUAUGAGGUUGGAGACUCUGCCUUCCUACCUCUAGGCUAUUCUCUGAAAUGUUGUGUCCUCAAAAUAUAAUUCAGAUGUUUUUCCACCUGAAAGUUACCGGGAGACCACAUUAGUUUAUGCUAUUAGUGCAGAGGAAUAUAUUGCUGAAUGCAGCUGCUAAAAGAUGCAAGUUGGUCUGGAAACACAGAAAAUGGGCAGAUUUACUCCACAGCUGGCAUCUGAAGGAGGUGACAACUACUUACCGCACACCACUCUAUGGCCAGCCAUCAUGGUGGGGAGAGGAUGAUGCCAACAAUAAGCUGGAUUCAACAGAUGACAGAAGGCCAGAAGAACAAUAUUCAGAAAGAGCAAAAGACUUAGUCCAACAUGAAGAAGAAAUCAAUGGUAACAUCACUGGCUACAGAGAUUCCCAGGGCGAUUCUGUCUAUGCAUUCCGAAGGGAACCUAGCUACUUUGAAAUUCCAACAAAAGAAUUCCAUCAGCCAAUAAAAUCUCCAGAGGUGCAAGUCCAUGAGAUACCCACCAAAGAUGUUGAUGUGGCAGUACUACCUGUUGUGCAAAGCCAUGCUUCUUUUACCAUUGAGUUUGAUGAUUGCACCCCAGGUAAAAUGAAGAUAAAAGACCACGUCACCAAAUUUUCACUCAGGCAGAGACGGAACCUCAGCAAGGAGGCUGGCCAUGUGGAGAUUAUCUCUGCGGAGAGUAAAGUGGCUGAUUGGCUGGUGCAUAAUGAUCCAAGUCUCAUUAGAAGGCAGUCUCCCGGAGAUGAUGUAUACAGUACCAAAAGUGACCUCCCUGUUCAUGUGAAGACUCUGAAAGGUAACAGACAUGAAGAUGGAACACAGAGUGACACAGAGGACCAAGUAGCACCUAAACCAGAGAAAGAGACAGCUAGCGGUGAUCAUACAGCAGAGCAAGCCAAACUCCAACGCCAAAUUCGACGUGAUCCCCAGGAAAUGCUCCACAACCAGCAGGCCUUUGUCAUUGAGUUCUUUGAUGACGACAUGCCUCGGAAGAAGAGAUCGCAGUCUUUCACACACAGUGGCCAUUCUACCCAGACUGACAUCGAUCCCACCCUGAAGACGAAGGUUGACAAACGCAAAAUUACAGUGCCUGCUGAGAAACUGGGAAGCUCUGUGCCCUCCCAACAUCAGCCUGCAGUAGGGACCAAAGGGCCAAGCAAUGCAUUCACCACUCCAAGAGCUGGAUCCUUCAAGAGGGAGAAGGCAGAUGAGCGGAUGAGCCCUUCCUCAUCCUCCACUUCACGAACACCUGUAAAAAGCCAUGGAAGUGUUGGAAGGAAGUCAAAAUUAGCUCAAGAUUUUGCUGCUGAGUGUUUAAGGGAGAGUUCUCAAGCUAGUCAGCUCAACACUGAAAAACCCCCUCCAGUGCCAACACCACUCACCCCACGGGCAGUGAUUGUCCCAUCAGCACCAGAAACAAUCCCUUCGCCGGUUGCUGAUCCUAAAGUGGCCAAAGCUAGGAAACAAGAGGAGGAAGAUAGUUUGAGUGAAACGGGCACUUAUACUAUUGAAACCGAAUCACAGGAUAAAGAAGUAGAAGAAGCUCGAAAAAUGAUUGAUCAGGUUUUUGGUGUUCUGGAGUCUCCUGAAUUUUCCAGAAUUUCUUCAACAUUCAGGCCAGUUAUAAAAGGUGAAAAAGAAGAAUUAGGGCACAGCCAUUUGCUUGGGGAAAAUGGCUCAACUCCAAAGGUGACUAUGAUGCAGGUCAUUGCUUCCAAAGUGGCAAGUGGCCAUCAUGCAGAUAUGCAGACUCCAUCUGCAUCUCAAGGCAGCCAAAAAUGGGUAUCAAGAUGGGCAAGCCUUGCAGAUAGCUACACAGGCUCAGGUUCUGUGCCCGGAGCUGGGGAUGCCCAGCAGGGCAUCUGUCACCUUAGCACAGAUAAGGAUUCCAGUUCUAGAAUGGGAGAAUCUGAGAUUUCAGUGGCAUCGCGGACCAGACGACUUCUUCCUCAACUCCCUCCAGGUGAAAAAUUGGAAAGUCCAACACCAACUAUUUUAAUUUGUCAGGAGCCCUUUCCUGAAGUUUCCCAAAGGAACUUCAGUAAUGAUCCCAGGGAAGAAAUAUAUGUGGAUUCUGACAGUCGAUUGUUAACUCAGGAAGAUUUGGAUCCAGAUAGCCUUAGUGAUGCCAGCAAAUCUGAUGAUGGUAUCAACUUGGAAAAAGGUAGGAAAAGCCAAGAUGGCACAAAAAUGUCUGAACAGGAUCGAAUAAGGGCUGAGAGUACAAAGUCUAGAAGCUGUCAGUGUCCUGUGCCAAGACUUUCAGGCUUGAGAGCAUUAAGUGAUCCACUGUCAACAACUUUCUAUAUGGGUCAUGAGGAACAAGAAAUUGGGGUUCCUUCAAAGCUUACUUCAAGCACUUCUCCUCCUCAAAUAGACAAAGAAGAACCUCCUUUCAAGUAUGGAAAGACAGCUGCCAAAGGAGUUAACAAUACCUGUCUUUGCUCAAAUGGAAAAAUGGUUAUGUCAUUACAUCAGGGAGUACCAGAACAACAAGCUGUAGCCACAAAAGAAAUUUCAUCUUUUGUUCGGCAGGAGAGUUUUACCAAAGAGAAAUCAAGCAGCAGCGUUCCUCAAAACAGGCUACCACAUAUCUCAAGUCAUCCUCUACUUAAAGAUCUUGAGAUCACACGAGCAAAUCGUUUGGACUAUAACCCUGAGACCCAUCUCCUUCUUAAAGACACUGAAACUGCCCUGGCAGCCUUGGAAGCCAAAAUACUUUGCCAAACUCACCAGCUAGAUGCUCCAGAAAACCCUUCUGGGCAGCUGGAAGAUUCUUUAUCUGGAGAUUCUGAUGUGGAUACAGCCAGCACUGUCAGCUUGGUAAGUGGUAAAAAUCUGCCAAGCCACCCACCAAAGCAUAAAUCUGUGACACCUUUGCAAAAAGAGAGGUCAUCGUCUACACCAUCUGGCCAAGAGCAAAAUGUUCAAGCAAGUGCACGUGAAAGGCUUUCAGAGAAACGGAAAGCAAUUCCAGCUGAGACUGGGAGCAAAGGUGAAAGUGCAAGGCGUUUUCAAGUGAAACAUAGCAUAGGAACAGGUGGAUCUCAGGAUUAUACAGAUGAUGAGAGAAGUAGCAGUCUCCCAUAUCUGCCUCCAAGUGAAAUAGCCUCCUCUGACCAAGAGCAAACAUCCUCAAGGCCUGUUUCUAAGAAGAAGUCUUUCUCACAGUCAACCAAAGAAGAUCAGAGCAAGGUAACACCAACGGUGCAAAAGAUUCAACAAGUUCUCACCAGAUCAAAUAGUCUAUCAACCCCAAGGCCCACGAGAGCCUCCAAACUUCGCCGUGCCCGGUUGGGAGAUACCUCAGACAAUGAGAGUGCUGAUGCUGAGAAAACAGCAGCGCAUUCUGAAGGAACAGCAGCAAUUUCCAAGCAACCUGUAGAGUCCAAGAAGCUCUCAAGACUUGACAUUCUUGCCAUGCCAAGGAAACGGGCAGGAUCUUUCACUGUGCCAAGUGACUCUGAGAGUGCACCAUCAAGGCCAACCUUUUCUGGGCGCAGUGCAGAGUCGUACUAUUCUACUCGAAAGCCGCUUGUGUCAGAAGCCAGAAAUGCUGCUAAGAAAACAGCAGCAGUGGCAGCUGCUUCAAAGCAGCCUUUCAGCCGGACACGUUCCAGCAGUGUGAAAUAUGCCUCUACCUCCACUUCGCGGCGGCGGCAGCAGGGCUCAGAUUAUACUUCCACUUCCGAGGAGGAGUAUGGCUCAAAUCACAGUUCCCCUAAACACAAACGCUCCCAUACCUCAACAGCCACCCAGACACCCAGGACCCGCAGCUCCGGGUUGAGUAAACAGAAGCAUAGCAGCAGCCGAGAAAUGGAAGAUGAAGAUUAUGGUGAACAUGACCCGUACAGUUUCAUUGUGCAGACUGCAGAGAUAGCAGAAAUAGCCAGAUUAAGCCAGACCUUGGUAAAGGAUGUAGCAAUCCUCGCUCGAGAGAUUCAUGACGUUGCUGGAGAUGGAGAUUCCCAGAGCUCAUCUGGAACAGGCCCAAGUACCUCCCACAGUUCUGUGCCUAAUACCCCUGCUUCAACCAUCUCGGCAAGAGAAGAGAUUGCUCAUUCAGCUUUGCAGGCAGCAAUUCCAUAUCAGCUGGUACAGCAUAUACCAGAAGCAAGUCUAAACUUCCAGAAGGUGCCUCCUGGUUCAUUGGGAUUCCGUGAUUUUGACCAAAAUAUGAAUGACAGCCGAGAAGAGGAUCUCACAAAAAGAACACGGAUAAGAAACAGGGAAGAGGUGAUCUUUGACAAUUUGAUGCUAAACCCUGUGUCCCAGUUAUCCCAUACCAUUCGGGAAAAUACAGAAAAUCUGGCAGAGAAAAUGAAAAUUCUGUUCCAGAAUACUGAGAGGACAUGGGAAGAGAUGGAGGCCAAAAUUAAUUCUGAAAAUGAAGUGCCAAUUUUAAAGACGUCAAACAAGGAAAUCAGCUCUAUUUUGAAGGAGCUUCGCAGAGUCCAAAAACAGCUUGAAGUUAUAAACGCCAUCAUUGACCCAAGCGGGAAUUUGGAUUUGCUCACCAAUAACAAAACCUGUUCUGUGCUACAGCCUGAAGCAGUUAAAGUCAGGACUGCCAACAGCACUUCUGGACCUGUGUUAGAGUCUUUGUCACCUGUCAAGAAAAUGAAUUAUGCACAGAAAUUGAACUUUGGGUCUACUAGCCUGCAGGAUACAACGUUUGUUCCAGAUGGGGAGAAAUAUGUGAUCUAACAGAAUAUUUUCUAUUGCUUAUCCUGUAGUAUGUCAUUUACUGUGGCGUUAAUAUUGCAUAUGAGUUGUGUAUGAGUGAUUGUGGGCAAGUCCACGUGGAACAGUUGUUUAGAUUGUUAGCACAUUGCACAAAAUGGGGGGAAAGGUACAAUCUCUGCUAUGUGGGGGUGAGUUGAAGUCUGUAUAUAGGCCUGCGGGGGGAGAAAGGCUUAAUGCUGUGGAACAGCACAUCUUCAACAAGAGGCAGAUUUUUAAUAGAAAGCAAUUCAGUGUGCCAUCCUUCCACUGUGCCAUAACAAAGCAGACCUUGCAUAUGCUUCAUUCUGUAUUGCUGAAGCUCUGAAAUGUCCUCAGAUAUAGCCUGUUCAUAGCUAUCUGUUUAGUUGUAUAUAGUCUCCAUUUUGAAAAUAUACUUUUUGAGACAGCAGAUAGCUGGUGCUGUAUAAUUAAUUUUAAAUACGGAGUAUUCAAAUUGUUUGGUCAGGGUUUAUUUUUCAUACUGUCAGGUAGAGUUGAGGCAGCAUAGGUUACUUUUAGAAAUCCAAGAGCAGUUGCCUGAAAACUGUCUUCAAGGAGGAAAUAAAGAUGAUAUUGAAUAAUUUCGCUUCCAAUCAUACAGCUUUCACUGCUCCACUGGUUAAAAGAGUGGAGACAAGAGAGAGCUGGGAAUAUGGCUGCAUUUUUUCUGUAUGGUGAUUCAUUUGAAAAAUUCCAAAUAUAUAGUUCUACAGGAGAUGAUUCAAUGACCAAAUCAGGAUUUUGUAUAGCCAGCUUGCCAAAUUCUUAGUGUUUCAUGUUAGUUUCCAUGUAACAAAGUGUUUAUGUGCUCUGAACAUAUUAUAUAUUUUUUAAAUGCUAUCUGAAGAGGGGUAAAAGAAUAAAUGUUCCAUAACUGGGCAAGUAGGCAUCAUGCCCUCCCCAGAAAGUUGGUGGUAAGGUCUACACAUUGUCUUUUUAACCAUGGCCCGCUGAAUAAGCCAGAAUACUUGGACUGACCCAACACUCAGCCAUAAACCAUGAUAGUAACAUGAUCACAACUUGUGAAGCCAUCAUAUGGCCUGUUUGAUUUGGGUUUAGCAUGAUGAGUAAACUUAAGCCCAAGAGUGGAUUCUUACACCAUGCUUAACCUAGUUGUGUGGUUCUCAUUUAGUUUAUGUGGACUGAGCCACUCUGGACCAUGCACAGCUUACUGCAGUUUAUGGCUUAGUAGAGUUUGGAGAGGGGGCAGUUUCAAUGCAUCCUUUUAAAACUCUCCCCCAAGCAAGCCAAAAUUCCCUGGGUGUGUAUGUGUACAUUGGGGGGAGGGGGGUAAGGCUCUGCAAAGCUUAAGGUACAGGUACCAAUUUUGCCUGUAAACUGCACUGUAGCAAAAUGUAGCCCCAAAUCAUGACCCAUGCUAUUCCAGUGAUGGCAGGCAUCACCUCCCUUUGGGGGCUCAGGCAGAGCAGAAAAAUAUAGUGUGGCUGCUAGGCAGAAAAAGUUGCUCAUCCUGGCUUGUUAUGUAGUAUGGAUCCAAGCUAACCAUGGCUUAGCAUGUGUAUAUCUGGACUGAAUCUCACUGAUAUCCAUACCCUACUUAAAGAGCAUAACGGUAUAGGCCUUUUUUUGCACCUCUAAGAAAGCUGUUUUGAGCAGUAAAAAGCAUAGGCUAUCUCCUUCUAGUUUCAGGAUUUGGGGAGGGGACCUUCCACAAGGCAUGUUCAACAAACCCCCUUAAGCUGCUCAAAAUGAGAUGUGAGAUGAGUGACUCCCGUGCUGUCUUCAAUGUUCAUGGGUAUCCCAUGCGAAAUGGGAGAAGUAACAUAUUGAGUCAGUAGGCGUUAUGCUGAACUUUUGCCUCUAGCAAAUAGCUGAUUUCUCUGUCCUCUGGAGGUGGCCCUGAAGAAUCCCAUGUACUUUUCCUCUCCAAAUUAUAGGAUGGGGAAUAUAAAAAAGUUGCCACAAAUAAUGGCGAGAUUGUAGCUAUUGCCUUAAAUUGCUCAAGUGAAUGUAGAUCUUGGGAUAUAUCUUGGAAAUUAUACGCCACACUUUUAGCUCAACGUGGCCUCUAGGAGAAUGUAAGUAAACUAAUUUGCUCCAAUAUUCAGUGUUAUGUGUUGCUUUAGGUAUUCCUGUCAUGGGAAUUUGAGCAACUAAGAAUUAAGAUAUCCAAGCAAAACAAGAAGCAUGAAUUAAUACUUACUUCCUCCACUUUCCACCCACAAAACAAUUUUAAUAUUGGUGCCAUCCUUUCUUGAAUCUAGAUGCUAAAGCUUGUCUGGCUGAUGAUGCUUCAAGUGAGUAGCUCUUCAGUGCAGUAUUAUGAUUAUCUUAUGUCUGGCCAUUAUAACCUUAAGUAAUACCAAUAUCAAGGAUAACUUCGCAAACGUUUUUAAACAUCCAUCUUUCCAAUUACAAGAAAUUGUAAUUGUCCAUUUGUCAGAUUAGCAAUGGUUUAAGUAGGGUGGGGCAAGGAACAACAUUGUUAACUUUUUGAAGUGCUUGUUGAUAUCAGUUGGCACAGGGAAAUCUUUUAUAUGAUAACAUUCACUUUGUUUCUAAGUAAUUGUUGAAGAGCACCAGAUUAAAUUCAGGUGAGAAAUGAACGUGGUGCAUAAUUUUAUCACUGAAAAAUGGAGAGCUACUGUCAACCAGAGUAGACAGUAUCAACUGACCAUCAUUUCUUCAGGUUUGGGAAUGAUGGAUAGAGUGGAUAUACCCUACAGAGAACAUACCUAAUAUGUUAAACUGUUAAAUUCUAGUAGAAGUAAAAUUGCUUUGGAAAAUGAAUGAAAAAAUCAACUUUUUUUUUUAGUUGCUCACAGGAAAUCUGUGCUAUCCAGUUGGAUUUUGUCUGUCUCAGAUACUUGAUUGUGCACGGGUUUAAAUAAUGUAAAUGCUGCUAUUGAUGUUGAGGCACCAAAUAAAAGUUGCCAAUACUCUUCCCAUUAGAAACUGAUCCAGUUACAGACUCAUUUAUACAGCUUCCAUUUAAUUCUACCUGAUGGUUGCUUUUAAGCUUGUCUCUGAUGCAUUGAACAGAUGCCACAUGUCACAUUGAAGAGAUGUCACAUGUCGAUUCUUGCUGCUCACCACAACUUUUCCAGCCUUCUCUAAGUAGAAAAUCCCAACCUUGUAGAUGCAUACAAAUUCUUCACCCUAAUUAUUAAUGCCACAUUAAUCUGGGUUUGCCAGCACCAAGUCUGCAUUAGAUUCUCUUUGAAAUAUACUGUUGCAGAGAGAAAGAGUCUGAGUCUGAAUAAGCUUAGAAUACACUAGAAAAGCAGUUUUGUAUUUGUGCCAUCUUCUAAGUUAACCUUCCCCAGAAGAAUGAAUUGCAGAUGCAUUGGACAUGCAGUUCUCAGAAUUCCCAGGCAACAUGCUGGCAGGGGAAUUCUGGAAGAUGCAGGCUUAACACAUGUGGAAGCAACAGGGCUGUUUAGGAAGUUCACAUUUCGGCAUAUGUUUCAUAAAUAUUCAAGCCUAAGUGUGAGGCAUUUGUCCUAGUCUAGCGCUAUAUCUGUAUGAACAUCCAGAAGACAUCGGCAUGUGAGUCAGGUUUGCUCGCUGGGUAGCAAAAUAAGAUCUUGGUCUUACCCUACACAUAAAAUUAAAUGUUGAAACUAGGCUUAAUAUAUUACAAGUUGGCUGCAUAUUCUUUCUGAUAUAAUUAAGCCAAAGAAGAAGCCAUGUGGCUCUGAACUUCUCAUAUUGGAUCCCUCUAACGCAAUAUGCAUACAACCUGUUAAACUUUUAAUCCCAGUAUGUGGGUACAAUCUAGGUACCAUUUAUUUUACUUUCUAAUUAGUAGGGUUUUCUUUUCUUCAAGGAUUUUGGGGGGAUUUUGCAGUGGUUCACUCUUUUCUUUAUGUUCAUAUAUGAAUGUAUGUAUGCUGAUGCACAUUUUUUAUUUAAUUAAAACCUUUAUAUUUGGCUAGCCAGUUAAAAGGAUUAAAAAGCCCAGAUCCUUGUGAAAUUCAGUGACAAAUGUCUGAUUUCUUCAAACCUUAAAGUUUGGAGAUUUUUUUCCCCCCUUAGGUUAAAAUGUCUGAUAAAGAUUGAAUGAAUGUGAAUCAUUGAGAGAAUGUUUUUCUGUUUGGAGAGAAUGCUGUCAUUCUCAUGCUGCUGGUGAUAAUACUGCCUACAGCCAUAUGGGCCAGGAGUUUGCAGUAACAUAAAUGUGCUAAAUACAUACAUACGUACAUACAUAAAAACACCAAAUGAAGGCAGCUAAUAGGGCCAAUUUUUGCUAGCUCAGAGUCUUUGCAUAGAUUUCAAACUGGUGCGUGUGUAUGUAUGAUUCUCCAUGUUUGCCAGUACAGGUAGUCCUCGCUUAACAGCCACAAUUGGAACCGGCAACUCCAUCACUAAGUGAUGCAGUCAUUAAGUGAGACAUGUGACCGUGACAGACUUACAACCUCAUUUCCACCACAGUCAUUAAGCAAGACAUCACAUGACCAUGACUUGCAAUUUUAUGCCAGCUUCUCCAUUGACUCUGUUUGUUGGAAGCCGGCUGUGAAGCACACAAAUGGUGAUCAUGUGACUGCGGGAUGUUGCAGUGGCAUAAGUGCAAGGCCUGUUCGUAAAGUUACUUUUUCAGUGCUGUCAUAACUUCAAAUGGUCACUAAACAGGGCAGUUGUUAAGCGAGGACUACCUCUAUGGUUGGGUUCAAUUCAAAUUAGGACAGAUUUCAGAGGCAAGUUUUCAAGAAUGACCAACUAUGUACAUUAGCAGAGGGAAUAACUUGUUUCAAUUUCAGCCUGAGAAAAAUUGGUUGGGCAGGAGUUUUCCCACAUUUGCAUGAAAGUAACCCAAGGUGUGCUACAACUUGUGUACCCAGGAAGGCUUU